CCAUUAUUCUUACACUUGGGUUGUUGAAUUACUGGUGAUCGAUCAAGAAAGAAGAAUAUAAAAUAAGGUAGCUGAAAGUCUACUGAUGUGUUUGUUUACGUAGUAAGAACCUAAUAAUGGCCACUACCCAUUAAAUUAAAACAACUGGGUCGGUGGACUCUGCGAAGUCUGAUACAAUGACCAAUUCAAGUGAAUUAUUAGCGGUUAUUUUUGUUUUGUAGCUCCUUCUCUCCUUUAAUGGAAUAGGAAUAAAUUUAAACACGUACAUGUAGUUUAUAUAGUACAAAAAUCAAAGGAGAUACUGCCAGAAACAGAAAGAGACACCAUGGAGGUGAAGAAUAUGCUUUUCAUGAGCAAAGGAAAUGGAGAAAGUAGCUUCUUUCAGAACUGUUCAUUUACGCAAAAAGUAGUGGCUAUGUCCAAGCCUGCACUAGAGAAGGUGGUUGAGUCUCUGUUCUCCGAAGGUUUCCUCCCAUACCAAGUUAUGAACGUAGCGGAUUUGGGUUGUUCUUCGGGACGAACCACAUUUUUGGUGAUGGAAACUGUGAUAGAGAGUGUCAAAAGAAAAUGCAGGGAAUUGAAUUAUCAAAUUCCAGAGUUUCAGUUUUAUUUGAAUGAUCUACCAGGGAAUGACUUUAACACACUCUUCAAAGGUUUGUCUAACUUUACUGAAAAGUAUAAUGAUCUGCCUUGCUUUGUAAUGGGAUGCCCUGGUUCUUUCCAUGGUCGGCUUUUCCCCAAAAGUUCCAUGCAUCUUGUUCAUUCCUCCUACGGUGCCCAUUGGCUCUCUAAGGUACCUAGACUUAUGGACAAAGAAGGGUUGCCAUUAAACAAGGGGAAAGUUUACAUAUCUAAAACUAGCCCAGCCGCUGUUAAAGAAGAGUAUCUUGCUCAAUUUCAAGAAGACUUCAGCUUGUUUCUCAAGUCACGCUCUCAUGAGAUGAUACGCGAGGGUCGUGUUAUCUUGAUAAUCAAUGGAAGACUAUCAGAAGAUCCUACAAAUGGAGAGCCCUGGGAACCUUUAGCUGAGGCCAUAGCUGACAUGGUUUCUCUGGAAGUGAUCCCUGAAGAGAAGUUAGACUCUUUUAAUGUACCAUAUUACAUUCCAUCGGAAAAAGAAGUGAAGAAUAUAGUGGACAGGGAGGGAUCCUUUGAACUUGAGGUCCUGGAGACAUUUCCAAUUGAGAUGGGAGACAAAAGCGUAUGGAGUAGCGAUGAAAAAUUUAUUAAAAACCUGAGAUCUUUCACAGAGUCCAUGGUUUCACACCACUUUGGUGAGGAAAUACUUGACAAAUUGUAUGAUAAAUUUGCCCAAAUAGUACUUCAGGAUUUGGCUACACGUACAGAACCUAGCGAGGUCAUAAGCUUUGUUGUUGUUUUGAGGAGAUUGUAA